AUGCGGUUGUACAUGAGCCUCUCGUCCACUCUCCGCUGGCCGGGCCCCUUCGGGGGGCUUACAGGACACCCACAUGGGUCCAUCUGGGAGAAGCACAUAGAGCUGAGCUCUCCAAGUCUGACUGAAGGAGACCCUGGAAAGGAAGCCAUAAAUCAAAAUGUUACCUUAUUUUACAUCAAUAAAUUUGGCUCCUAUCCUUACAUUGAAAGAAAGAUUGAAAGAAAUGGAGGAGUUCCUCAGAAGGGAAAUCUAACAGCCCAUUUGGAGAAGGUUAAGCAAGACAUUCUGAAACACAUGCCAAAGGACCAGUUAGGUUUGGCUGUCAUUGACUGGCCAAAUUGGAAACCUCUGUGGAUUAGAAACGUGGGAUUUAGAACUAUUUACAUGAACAAAUCAAUUGAUUUGGCUAAGCAAAAUUUCCCAAAUCUUAGUAUUGAAGAGGUCACCAAGCUUGCCAAAGAAGAUUUUGAAAAUGCAGGGAAGACCUACAUGCUGAAGACUUUGGAACUGGGAAGGUCACUUAGGCCAAAAAACUAUUGGGGUUUUUUAAAUUUUCCUGAUUGUUUCAAUUAUAAUUAUAAUGAUAUUAAUUACAAUGGAAGUUGCCUACAACCAGAAAUGGAGAGAAAUGAUGUGCUAAACUGGUUGUGGAAUGGAAGCACUGCCCUUUUUCCAAGCAUUAAUUUGUUUAUAAAUUUAAAGUCAACUAUAAAGGCUGCUCUCUAUACUCGGAAUCGUGUUAGGGAAGCCCUUCGGGUUUCUAAAGUACGUAAUCCUCAAAACCCAUUACCUGUUUUUGUGUAUGUACGUCCAUCUUUUGGUGAUAGGCACGCACAAUUUCUUUCUGAGAUUGAUCUUGUGCAUACAAUUGGUGAAAGUUUUGCUCUCGGGGUCUCUGGAGUUGUAAUGUUGGAAGGCGCCUAUAUAACCCAAUUUGAAGGUUUUUGUAAAACUUUACAGCAAGAUUUAUCGAAGACACUGGGCAAAUACUUAGUAAAUGUCACUCUAGCAAGUAUAAUGUGCACCCGCAUACUUUGUAAAAAUCAAGGAUAUUGUGUCAGAAAAGACUGGAAUUCAAGUGACUAUCUUCACCUAAACCCAAAUAAUUUUGAAAUUAAAUUUAGCUACUGUAAUAAGUUUAUAGUAUUUGGGGAACCCUCUGUUCAAGAUCUAAAGCAGUUUUCUGAAAAAUUUGAGUGUGCUUGUUUUUCCAAAAAAAAUUGUGAGAAGAAUGAAAAAGUAGAAACUACUAGACAUGUUAGAAUAUGUGUUACUGAAAAUAUCUGCAUAUCAGCCUUGGUAAAUCCAGGAAGCAGUGUCAUUCCUUAUGAAGAAACCAGUGAAACCCUCAUUCCAUCAUCCACAUCAGCAACAAGCACAGAAUCUAACACAGGAUCCACCUAUUCAUCUCAACAAACACCAACAAUUCCUCGCAAUAAUGACACGGCUGCCAUCUUUGAACAAGAAAUUCCUUUUCAAUAA